CACGAAUGUGGAAACAAAUUGUAACCUAAUUCAUUUCCAUUUUCGGGUGUAUGUUUGUACCUUGAGCCAAAAUUCCCGGCGAAACCACCGUCGAUUUGCCAAUUUUCCCGGCGGAACCACCGUCGUCUCCGGCGAGCCUCCUUGUACUGAUAUAUACUACUUGCCAUAGACAUAGAGAUUGAUGCGAAGAAACGAUGCCGUCCCAAGCGGAUCUGGAUCGUCAGAUAGAGCAGUUGAUGGAGUGCAAGCCACUGGCGGAUGCGGAGGUGAAGACGCUGUGCGAUCAGGCGAGGGCGAUCUUGGUCGAGGAGUGGAACGUACAGCCUGUGAAGUGUCCCGUCACCGUCUGCGGCGACAUUCACGGACAGUUCCAUGACCUCCUUGAGCUGUUUCGCAUUGGCGGUGCUGCUCCCAACACCAAUUACCUCUUCAUGGGAGAUUACGUUGAUCGAGGGUACUAUUCAGUGGAGACUGUCACACUUUUAGUGGCCUUGAAAGUUCGAUAUAGAGAUAGAAUUACAAUUCUUCGAGGAAAUCAUGAGAGCAGGCAGAUAACUCAAGUGAAUCACACAGAAAAGGUUAGUUUGAGUUGGCGAACAGUAAAGGAAAGCAACAAUUAUUCAAGUAGAGAGCUUGUCAGAAAAGAACUAAAGACGCCAAAGUUGAGGUAUGGGUUCUAUGAUGAAUGCUUGAGAAAAUAUGGAAAUGCAAAUGUGUGGAAAUAUUUCACUGACCUUUUUGAUUAUCUUCCGCUUACAGCCCUUAUUGAGAGUCAGAUUUUCUGCUUACACGGUGGACUCUCCCCUUCACUAGAUACACUAGAUAACAUCCGUGAGCUGGACCGUAUACAGGAGGUUCCUCAUGAGGGGCCAAUGUGUGAUCUCUUGUGGUCUGAUCCAGACGACCGGUGCGGUUGGGGAAUCUCUCCUCGGGGAGCUGGAUAUACCUUUGGACAGGACAUAGCUGCUCAAUUUAACCACAAAAAUGGGCUCUCUCUUAUUUCAAGAGCUCACCAGCUGGUCAUGGAAGGUUACAACUGGUGUCAGGAAAAGAAUGUUGUAACAGUAUUUAGUGCACCAAAUUACUGCUAUCGGUGUGGAAAUAUGGCUGCAAUACUUGAAAUUGGGGAUAAUAUGGAUCAGAAUUUUCUACAAUUUGACCCAGCACCUCGUCAGACUGAGCCUGACGCCUCUCGUAGAACUCCCGACUAUUUUUUGUAAUCUCCAUCGCUUACCUCCCACCAGCGAUUCUCCUUUACUUCUUGGUGUUUUUUGUAGAAUAUCUCCCAAAAAACAAAGAAAUUUUGGUGUUUAGUUGAGGGAUUAAACGAAAGAAAUUAUUGUUUUUAUCA